CAGAUACUUCCGGGUCUAUACAUAGGAAAACUUGCUGAUGAACAGAGUAAGAGAAGGUUGAAAUUUAAUGGCAUCACACAUAUAUUGUCCAUUUAUGAGCUAGCCAAACCAACUCAUAAGGAAUACAAGUAUAAGUGUAUUCGUAUACCUGAUCAUGAACAUCAAGAUAUAUCUCAAUUCUUCAAAGAAUGCAUCGAAUUUAUACAUGAAUGCCGGUAUGACGAAAACCUAAUAUUAACGUGCCAAGCCGUCUGUGGAGUUUCUCGUUCCGUCACCGUUGUUGCAGCUUAUUUAAUGGCUAUUAGUAAUAUGUCCUGGAGACAGUCACUAAAUGCAGUUAAAGCUUCUCGAACACAGGCCAACCCGAAUUCAGGAUUUCGCCGUCAAUUGAUGAAGUUUGAAGAGCGCCAGCUAGCGGAGGUACAAGCUUAG